AUGACUGCAAGAAACAUAACCACGAUGGGUGGAUUCCUCCUCAUGGGUUUCUCUGACAACCGUGAGCUGCAGAUCUUGCAUGCUUUGCUUUUCAUGGUAAUUUACCUACUGGACUUUGUGGGUAACUUUGUCAUCAUCAUCAUCACAACACUAGACCCACAGCUCCAGUCUCCAAUGUAUUACUUCCUGAAGCACCUUUCCCUUCUGGAUCUCUCAUCCCUUUCUGUCACAGUUCCCCAGGUUAUUGACAGCUCACUGGCAGGCAGUGGCUACAUUUCAUAUAGCCAGUGCAUGCUGCAGGUUUUUUUCUUCACAGCUUUGGCUUGGGGUGAGAUGGCCAUUCUAACGGUGAUGUCAUAUGACCGCUAUGUGGCUGUUUGCUUUCCACUGCACUAUGAGGCCAUCACGAGUCCCAGAAAGUGUAAGUGGGCUGUGACCAUUGUAUGGCUAAGCAGUGGCAUCACAGGAACCCUGUAUAUAGCAACCACAGUCUCUAUUAGAUUCUGCAAGACUAAAUUAGUCCACCAGUUCUUCUGUGAUGUCUCCCAGUUGCUCAAGCUCUCGUGCUCUGGUGAUUACUUUGGAGUGAUGGAAGUGUCUACUUUCAUGUCAGUAAUGGCCUUUGCCUGCUUCAUGGGGAUUGGCCUUUCCUAUGGCCAGAUAUUCUCCACAGUUGUCACGAUACCCUCAGCUGAAAGUCGAACUAAGGUCUUCUCCACCUGCCUGCCCCAUCUCUUUAUUGUUUCAUUUUUUAUCUCCACAGGCAUUUGUGCAUAUCUAAAGCCAAACUCAGACUCUCCAACUGCUGUAGACCUUAUGCUCUCUAUCUUUUAUACAGUUCUACCACCAACACUCAACCCUGUUAUCUAUAGUCUGAGAAAUGAGUCCUUGAAAAGAGCUAUAAGGAAGUUAUUGUUAAGUGAAAAAUUCAUUGGGAAAAAAUUAAUUUUGUUUUUUUGCUAG